UCAAGCCUGGACCUGAGAAAUGGACUCCUCAGAGCUGUAAGACUUGUGACCAUGUUGAGGACACCACACACUGGCUUCAGAUUGAACCCUUGACUUCCACUGUCCAGGGAGUGACAAUGUUCAGGCACAGGACACCCAAAGGGAGUUAUGAGUGCACAGUGUCUGGGCUCCGCUGGCUGUGUGAGAGAGAUGUCAUCCUGAAGUAUCACUUCAGGAACUGGGAACCCUACAGUCAACUUCUGAAAGACAUGCAGUACACACAAGGUGGUCCAUUGCUGGACAUCACUAUGGAGUUAGGUGAACUGGAGGAAGUUCAUCUGCCACACUGUGUCUGUUUAGGGACCAACCCUUCCCUGAGGAAUGAGAUGAAGAUUCUUCAUGUAGAGGAACAUGGAGUGUCUUUUGAGGAAGUGCAUGAGGUCACCAGAUUCCAUGCUAAGAUUCUCCAUCCCAAGUUCUCAGCUAUCUCUGUUAUACUGAGCUAUAUCCUUUCUUGGAAUGUACAUGUCCACUGUGAGCUGAUGCUCUAUCUGACAGUGAUGAAGGAAACAUUAAUUCCACGCCUAUACCUGUUCCCCAGUAACCCCGGCCAAAUACAGGUGAGGUACCAUUAUUAUAGAGAUGACCGUAAACUGCACCACUGGUGCAGUUUAUGUUGA